AUGACCAAAGUCUUCCUAACUGGCGCAACAGGCUACAUUGGCGGCGAUGCCCUCUAUGCCCUGCACCACAAACACCCCGAGUUUUCCUUCUCGAUCUUGGUACGCGAUGCUAGCAAAAGUGACCGAAUCAAAGCUGUCUUUCCGGAUGUUCGCAUUGUGAAUGGCCCGCUCGACGACUAUGAAUUGCUGAAGAAGGAGGCUGCUGACGCGGAUAUCGUCGUUCACACGGCAGAUGCAUCCGACCACGUCAUUGCAGCCAACGCGAUUGCCGCAGGUCUGGCUGAAGGCCACACUGCCGAAAAGCCAGGCUACUGGCUGCACACAGGAGGAACGGGUAUUCUGACCUUUGCAGACUCUGACCGCGGUGUAUUUGGCGAAUACGACGCCAAGGUAUACGACGACUGGGACGGCGUUGACGAGUUGACGCAUCUCCCGGCGCAUGCCUUCCACCGCAACGUCGACGAGAUUGUCCUGGGUGCAGGGACCAAGAAUGCAGCCAACGUGAAGACGGCCCUGUUGUGCCCGCCGACUAUUUACGGACCUGGUCGAGGACCAAUCAACCAGAAAAGUCGCCAGGUAUACAGUCUUUGCCGCAUGGCGCUUCAAAUCAAGAAAGGCCCAUUAGUCGGCGCCGGAAAGUCCAUCUGGAACAACGUGCAUGUUCACGAUCUAAGCAACCUUUUUGUCCUCCUCGCCGAGGCUGCUGUUGCCGGCAAACACCAUGACGGCAUCUGGGGCGCCAAUGGGUACUAUCUCGUUGAAAACGGCGAGCACGUCUGGGGUGAUGUCUCGCGGUCGGUUGCUGAAAUUGCCACUAAGGAAGGCUAUUUCCCCGAAGCCAAGGUAGAAGAAGUCAAUAUUGAGACUUGCAAGAAAUUUGCUGGGUUUGAGGCGCUGAGUUGGGGUUUGAAUUCGCGAGGGACGGCAAAACGUGCUGCCAAGUUGCUCGGCUGGAAGCCUGUGGCGCCUAGCUUAGAUGAGGAGCUGCCUGGUAUUGUGAAGUUGGAGUAUAAUGGAUUGCAAAAAUAG